UGUUAGAAAGAUUUGUUGUUGUGUAAUAACACAAACAGGCAAAGGCAAAGGAAAAGGAAAGCUAUUACUACUUUACAGAAUAGAGAGGCUGAAGACUGAAGACUGAAGACUGAAUACUGAAGAAGAAGAGGAGAUUGUGAGAGGUGAAGAAGAAGCAAUUUGGUAUCGCUAAAUAUAAAAAAAGCAUUUGUUUGCGUGUUGGAGAAGAGCCGAAGAGCAGAAGAGGAAGAGGAAGAUAACCCAUACCUACCUUACCCUUCAUCAAAUUAGCAAUCCUUCUCCAUUAAUCUCACUCAUACCUCUCUCUCUCUGUGUGGGGUUUUCAAUUUGCCAUGGGAGCUUAACAUUCGAGUCUCUGUGUUUUUGCUUACUCAUUGUGGCCUCAGCAUUCUAUUGCAUUCUCUUCGAAAUGUCCAUGCUAACAAAGUUACGUCUGAUAACGGUUGAUGUUACUGGCACUCUAAUCGCUUAUAAAGGGGAGCUUGGCGACUAUUAUUGCAUGGCAGCAAAAUCAAUUGGACUCCCAUGUCCCGACUAUAAACGAGUACAUGAGGGUUUUAAACUUGCUUAUACAGAUAUGGCAAGAAAGCAUCCAUGCUUUGGGUUUGCAGAUAAGAUACCCAACAUUGUCUGGUGGAAGACAUGCGUACGGGAUUCUUUUGUCCGGGCAGGAUACGAUUAUGAUGAAGAAACAUUCGAGAAGGUUUUCAAACGCAUAUAUGCUACCUUUGGUUCCUCUGCACCGUAUACCAUCUUUCCAGAUUCACAGCCAUUCCUGAGAUGGCUUCGUGGUGAGGGUAUUAUUGUUGGAAUUGUGAGCAAUGCAGAGUAUAGGUAUCAGGAUGUAAUCCUUCCAGCAUUGGGUUUACAUCAGGGAUCAGAAUGGGACUUUGGCGUAUUCUCAGGUCUGGAAGGUGUAGAGAAGCCAGACCCAAGAAUGUAUCAGAUAGCCUUGGAGAGGGCAGGGAACAUAGCACCCAAAGAGGCUCUUCAUAUUGGAGACAGCAUGCGUAAGGACUAUUUGCCAGCGAAGAGCGUGGGAAUGCAUGCUCUGUUGUUAGAUAGAUUUAAGACGCCAGAUGCUGAGACUUGGAGGAAAUCUGGUGCUACUGUGCUGCCUAACUUGGCAGCCGUACAAGAUUUGCUUUCUUCCCAGCCACUGGCUUCCUAAAAUGACUUGUUUCCAAUUUUAAGUUAUAAACGCAUUUUGUCUCAUUUUUCUAUCGGGACAACUGGCACAUGGAAAAUACUUGUACUUGUUAAUGCAUGCCCUCCUCUUUUCCGCAUUUCUUUCA